AAGCGAGUUCCUACCGCGAUAUGUCGUAAGACGACUAUGAAAGAGAAUAUGUGUAGAAAACGCGGUUAAAGUUUUUUUUUAAAUAAUUUAAAUAUUUUGCCUGUACAGGUUAGUUCAUAGUGCUAUAAAAAAAUUUAAAAAAAAAUUUGGUGGGAAAAUAACGUAAACAAUUGUGAUAAAAAUGAAAUUAUUUUGUUUUAUAUUUUUUUGUGUCGGUGUACGAUUGGUUCAGUUACAAGGCCUGGGAUCGGGUUCAGAUGGAAAAUUACGACUCUGUAUAGUCGAAGGUCGAGGUCCAUUAAAACGUGGCGCCACGUUUUGUCCACUGUUAGAUGCUGAGGAUUCUGGACUAGAAUGUGUUUUGGGAUCAGAUCAACUCGAUUGCCUGCGACGUAUCAGCAAAGGCACAGUAGACUUCGGAGUGUUCAGCCCAGAAGACCUGAUAGCAGCGCAGUGGGCAAACAUUGACGUUCUCGUCACUAACGAACUCAGAAAUCGACAUAGACCGUUCGAGCGCAGUGUCGUGGCGGUGGUCAAUAAUCGUAUCCUGCCUGAACACGAGUCUUCCUUGGAUGCAGUUCUCAGGAACAGCACACUUUGCCAUCCAGGAGUCGGUGUGAACACCCUUCGGCCAUUAUCUGAUACUCUAUCAGGGUACUUGGAGUCGCUGAUCAUACCACGCACCUGUGAUCCAAAACUGACGCUAACGGAGAACAGACUGAAAGCUAUUGCGGAGUUCUUCUUCAAGGCCUGCAAAGCUGGACCCUGGGUCCCAGAUCAUGAUGGUGACAGGGAGCUUAAACUUAAGUACAGAUCGCUGUGUGCAGCGUGCGCCAGCCCGGAGUGCGGCGCGGACGACAAGUACUGGGGGGGGGGCGGCGCGCUGCAGUGCCUCGCGGAGGGCGCGGGGGACGCCAUGUGGGGGGAGCUGGACGACGUGCUCGCGUACUUCGGGAUAAACUCGACGAUGCAAUCCCCCUCAAUGAACCCCGAGGGCUUCUCGUUCCUGUGUCGCGACGGCUCGUACACCCCACUGGACGCGCCGCCCUGCACGUGGCUGCAAAGACCCUGGCCCGUCGUUAUCGCUAAACGAAAGGCAGUCAAUGCAGUAAGUAAAUUGGUAUCGUCGCUAAAAGAAGAAGACCUCUUCAAUAACCACUGGAGAGGAGCCCUAACGGCUCUCUUGGAGAUACGCCAGGCCCCCACCCCGUUGAACCCACCUCGAGUCCCCUUAGACUACUUGGCAUCAGCGAAGGGAUUCAGAGAGGCGUACAGUCAAAGUGGAUGCGAUCCACCAAGACACAUAACAGUCUGUACGACGACGUUACUUGAGAAGAAUAAGUGCGAGUGGCUGAGCGAGGCGGGCGCGGUGUACGGUGUGAACCCGCCCUUACAGUGCAUCCUGCGGAGUGACCACACCGCCUGCCUGCGCGCGGUACACUCCCGGGAGAGUGACGUCAGUGUUGCCAGCGGAGACGUACUACCCAUGGCUAUGAGAGAUUUCAAUUUACGUCCUCUACUAUUCGAAGUUACUCCAAUCGUCGAAAAAAUGGACACUGUCAUGGCGUACGUGAGAGCCGACGCCAUUAUAAGCAACAUGGCCGACUUGCGCGGGAAACGGGCCGCGUUCCCGCGCUACGACGGCAUCGCCUGGCAUUCCGUUCUACGCUACAUACAGAAGAAAGAAAAAUUAAACUGUUACGACGCGACGUUCAAUUAUUUCAGCGAAAUAUGUGCUCCUGGUGUUGAAAGAUAUAAUAUGAGUAGUGAUAUAGUUGAUACGUUUACGAGUGCGUGUUAUAAAGAGGAUGGGAGGGUUGCGGGUGGGGAGGUGGCCGCGUUACGGGCGCUGGUCGAAGGAAGGAGUGACGUUGCUUUUAUUAGCAUGAAAACUUUCAAUAUGUAUCAAAAUAAACUAAUCAUGGAAUCCUGGGCUAGCAGCAACGUCGACAUAGUCUCAAUAUGUCCUGAAGAAAACACAAAAUAUUGCUAUAUAUCUUGGUCUAACAUUGGUCACAUAUUUGCCGUAAAUAACAUAACAUCAAUGAGACGACACGAAAUCAUAACAGUGUUCACCAAACUCGACCAACUGUUUGGCAAACAUCAACCAUUCCACAGCGUCAUGUUCACUAUGUACGGACAAUUUAAUCACCAACUCGAUAUAUUAUUCCACAAUAACACAAAGAUACUGGCUCCCGAGAAUAUAUUGGACAUGCAUCCAUACCGUUCCAUGCCUUUGAAUUUCGAACGAAGCUUUUUAAAUAACACAUCUGACAGCUGUCAGUUUACAGAUUUGGCGCCAAAUACUGCAUUCAAAAUGGCGCCAUCGUUUUUACUUUUAAUACCAGCGUUACUCACUUACGUAUUAAGUAGUUAGCCUUUUUUUAGUUUAGAAAAAUGUAAUAUAAAUAGUGUGAAAUAAAUAUUUUUAUAAGUGUC